CUUUGUUGUUUUUUUUCACAUAUUAAUAUUAUCAACUGUUGAAAGGAAUUAGUAAAUUAGUAAAAUUUCCAAGUUUUGUGUUAAAUGUGGUAAUUUAACCUCCUGCCACAUUGUGAGAAAAUCUCUUUCAGUCUAGUAUGAGAUGCAUUUCGAUAGCCCAAAAAGCAGAGUCGAUGUGCCUUCUCCAUCGAGUCAUUGUGAGGGAUUGAUGCUAAUAAUGGAAAUCAAAUCAUUGUUGAGCAAGACCCACAAAAGAAUGUAAGCGAUGAAGAUGCUUUUUGGUGCCCCAAAAGAGUUGAUGUGCCUUCCCCAUCGAGUCAUUGUGAGGGAUUGAUGCUAAUAAUGGAAAUCAAAAGACAAAAAUGCCGUCGUGUGCCUGAGGAUUUUGCAAACGGGCAAAAUAUAAGCAAUGGCAAUGAUGAUGCUGCCAAAGAAUCAAUGUUGGAGCAAGACCCACAAAAGAAUGUAAGCGAUGAAGAUGCUUUUCGGUGCCCCAAAAGAGUUGAUGUGCCUUCUCCAUCGAGUCAUUGUGAGGGAUUGAUGCUAAUAAUGGAAAUCAAAAGACAAAAAUGCCAUCGUGUGCCUGAGGAUUUUGCAACCGGGCAAAAUAUAAGCAGUGGAAAUGAUGAUGCUGCCAAAGAAUCAUUGUUGAGCAAGACAACAAAAGAAUUGCUUGCAAUGAUGACAACGUACUGUCCAAAAAUGCCACAACUGAUGCUCUCUAAGUAUGCCAAUCAUGUAUUGCGAGCAACGAUAAAAAUACCUUUGAUGAGUACUACCCACUUGCCACUGCCCAAGAAUGCUAUUACUGAUGAUGGUGCUUAA